ACCCUGACGACAUCUUUGACGACACUUCCGGGGCUAGGUCGAUAGUGAUUUUUCAUUUCGCUUUUGUCCGUAAGCGAAGGUAAAAAUAUAUUCAAAACAAAAGAAUUCGCCAUUAGGCGGUUGUCUUUACAGAAAGGAGGCUUAAGUUAAUGCCAUAUUAUUAUUUUCUCAUCGAAGUAUUGUGUGAAAGUCUUUAAUAACAAGAUUUUUAUAGUCGGUUUGUAAAAGCCUCCAUCUCUGGCUUCCGCUGUUGUUGUUUUGGAAGAAGACAUUAGGCUGAAGAAAACUGGAGUGUAUCACAGUGGCGACGAUACCCGGUAUAAAGACUCGGAGUGGAUCCCUAGAUAUAUAGCCGUUUGAGUGAAAAAUAUCGCAUAUUGUCAACGCAAAAGAAAAAAAAAAGAUUGAAUUCAGCUGGCCUCGGGCAAUACAGUCUGGUCAGCCUGUGUGGCAGUGUACUGUAGUGCCAAGUUAAUAGGUUUGUGUUACAGGAAUUCAACACAAGAUGUUCCGGUAUCUGAGCGACAUGGAUGACAAUCCCUUCAUGAUGGAUCCCUUUACAGCACACCAGCAGCAGAUGCGAAGCAUGUUCAGUUCAUUUGGCUUAGAUCCUUUCUUGGGCAUCACAGACGGUAGAGCUGUCAGUAGUCCCCUACAACCAGCUCGAAGACCUCAAGUUCAGCAUGGAGCUUUGUCACCUUACGGCAUGAUGGGCAUGGGUGGAGGAUUCAUGGAUAUGUUUGGAAUGAUGGGAAGUAUGAUGGAUAAUAUGGAGCGCAUGGCAAGUUCAGCCAACUGCCAGACUUUCUCCUCCACAAUUUUUGCUUAUUCAAACACUGGUUCAGGAGCACCCAAAGUAUAUCAGCAGACCUCUGAGAUGCGAACAGCACCUGGUGGGAUCAGGGAAACUCUUCAGACUGUGAGAGAUUCUGAGAGUGGGCUAGAAAGAAUGUCCAUUGGUCACCAUAUUGGUGAGCGGGGCCAUGUGAUGGAAAGAUCAAGGAACAGAAGAACUGGUGACAGAGAAGAGAGGCAAGACUACAUUAACCUUGAAGAAGGUGAGGCAGCAGCAUUUGAUGAAGAAUGGUUUCGUGAAACUUCUCGUUAUGGACCGUCAUCCUCCCGUUCAUUGGAUUAUCGUCGGGACCGAAAUGCAGCAGCAGGAGGUGGAAGCCGAUUGGCCAUAGCAGCACCCCAUAGUCAUGAGGAUGAUGAUGGUAUCCGACAUCAGCAUUCUUCACGGCGGUAUGACUGGUGAGGGCAUCGUAGCUAAUGGCAACAGAUGUGAUAGGUGAAUAAAGUGACUGUCUUGCGUUUGCCAACAGGAUGCUUCAACAAAAGGAUUUAGAGUGGCACCCCAACUGCUGAAACACAGCACUGAUUUGUCAACAGACUCCAUUGGCCACCUACAUUUUCUUCUAAUUGUUAUUGGGGUGGGAAUUAAUGUGUUCAUUUGAAAGACACAAAAUUACUUUCAAGGAAAAAGUCAAGAUGUUUCAAGGUGAGGGGAUAUUAAAAUGAUUUUCUCAAUGGCCUCUGGGUAGAAAUAUUUAUCAAAGUCUGUGACACUAGAGUUAAAACAUGUAAAAAAAAUUUUAAAUCUUGCAUUUUCUUUAAGCCAGAGGUCAUCUGAAGUUAAGUGUGUAUUUUUUUUUUCCUGACACGUUACUGAAGUGGAUUAUGAAAGUGAAAUGUUGUCAUCACGAAUAAUAAAACUAAAUACAUUAUACUUUUUAUCUUUUUUUUUUUUCCCCAUGUUGUAUUGUGAAACACCAUCUUGUCUUUUGCCUUGUAUCAGAAUCUGAUGUCAUUGGUCAAGGGUGGGUGGAUGUACCCACCUGUGCAAUUGGUUGCUCAGAGCAGCUGCAACAGUAUUUCUGAAGCAAGGACUUUAAUGUUAACAAAAGUGAAAAGAAGAGUUAAUCCUGCCACCUUUUAGUGCUUUGUACCAUAGUCAUUCUAUUAAUAUUUUAAUGUGAGGAAAAAAUGUCUUUUGAAGUGGAUUGAGGUGAAGAGGAGAUUAAGGUUUAAGAAGGGGAAAAAACAAAAACCUCUGGAUUUCUGUACUGGAUGUGGUGCUGCAUUUUGGGUGACAGAGUAUUCUCCAAUGUGAUACAUUAGCCAUUUGCUUUUAGGUUACAUUUUACAGACAGCCUAGAAUUGCAAGGUGAAAGACUGUUUUUUGUUAACCAUUAAACAUUGAUUAAUCUGUGUUAAAUCAGAAGUUGAAUAAAUUCCCAGAGAUAAGGGGUGCAAUUUUGCAUCUUACAGCCCACUGCACUAAAUAAAGGUUUAAAAUGUUCAA